AUGCAGUUUGAGUUUCCUGAUGAAGACGUCAUGGUUCUAAAUGAUGAGAAUAUCAUAGGUGGUGAUGAAGGGCCUGGACCAGGAGCCCGAUGGAAGCCCGCAUUUGAUGGCACCUCAAAUUCCAUGGGACAUGGAAUUGGAGUUGUUUUAAUCUCUCCAAGGAACGGUUAUACUCCUUUCAUAGCAAGGUUGUGCUUUGACUGCACUAACAAUAUGGCAGAAUACGAAGCAUGUAUCAUGGGCAUUGAAGCUGUUAUUAACCUAAGGAUUAAAAUCCUAGAGGUGUAUGGAGACUCUACACUAAUCGUCUAUAAAGUAAAAGGAGAAUGGGAAACCCGUCAUCCUAAAUUGGUCCGAUACGGCGCUCAUGUCAUAGAACUGAUGAAGUAUUUUGAGGAAAUCACUUUUCAUCACAUUCCUAUAGAGGAAAAUCAGGUGGAAAAUGCUUUAGCUACAUUAUCGUCAAUGUACAAAGCGAACUUCCACAGAGAAGCGCGAAUUAUAAGAAUGGUUCGUAGAAAUGAACUAGCAUGUUGCUCAGUAGUUGAAGAAGAACCGAAUGACAAGCCACAAUUUUAUGACAUCAAGUGCUACCUUCACAAAUAG